UUGAGCGACUUAAAAAUUAAAAAUCCACCACCUAUAUUAUACUUUAGAUUCAUAAUUAAGAAUUCUUUUGCGCAAGAUUUUUCCAAGAUUUAUGAGGAAGAAAAAAACGAUGAUCCAGACCAUCCCAAUAGUGUUGCAAAUCGAAGGAGUUUCAGUAAUCCUCAAAACAAUGAAAGAGUUUUGAAAUGUACGCUUUGUCACGAACGCCUAGAAGACACUCAUUUCGUACAAUGCCCAUCAGUAAACGCUCACAAAUUCUGUUUUCCAUGCUCACGGGAAAGUAUAAAGAAGCAAGGAACUUCUCCGGAAGUGUAUUGUCCUUCAGGAGAAAAAUGCCCUCUUGUUGGAACUCAGACUCCAUGGGCCUUCAUGCAAGGGGAGAUCGCUACAAUUUUAGGCGAUGACUUUGAACAAUUUAAGAAGGAUCGUGAAGCGAAUAGCAUCAUGACCUCAAACCUUACUCAAAAUGCUAAUGGACAGGUUUUUUUUUUUUAA